AUGAAGACUUUAUCCCUGCUCUUCAUCCUCCUCCUCCUCCUCACCUCGGGAGCCUGUGACGACGUCAAGUACAUCUCCAAGAGGAACUCAGUGGACGGAUGCAUAGACUGGUCAGUGGAUCUGAAGGAGUACCACGUUCUGGCCGGUGAGCCCGUCCGGGUCAAAUGUGCCUUGUUCUACAGCUACAUAAGAACCAACUACACCAUGGCCACCAACGCCAAGCUGCGCCUCAUCUGGUACAAGAACAAAGGAGAUGCAGAGGAGCCCAUCAUCUUCUCAGGUCACAGGCUGAGCAAAGAGGACGACUCCAUCUGGUUCCGAUCUGCUGAGUUGGAAGACAACGGAUUCUACACAUGUGUUCUGAGGAACUCGACGUACUGCAUGAAGGUGUCCAUGUCAAUGACGGUGGAGGAGAGCGACGAGGGGAAAUGCUUCAGCAGCAAAAUCCGCCAUUUGGAGAAAGCCGAGAUAACCCACAGCAAAAUGAUCAACUGCCCCGAUAUAGAAGACUAUCUGGCUCCGUACAAACAGCCGCAGAUGACCUGGUAUAAGGAGUGUGAGCGAGUUGAAUGGAGAAGCUCCAUCAACGUUAACACCACACAUAUUUGGAUUCCUGAGAUAGAGGAGGGCGACGGAGGGAAUUACACCUGUGAAUUACAGUAUGGAUCCAGGCUGGUGCGACGGACAACACAACUCAAAGUCACAGCCCUCCAGACCACUCAGCCUCCAAAGGUCCUUUUCCCCCCAGAGAGACAAGACACAGUGAUAGAGAUCACGCCUGGGAUGCCGCUCAGUCUGGACUGCAAGGCCUUCUUCGGCUACAGCGGAGAGAACAGGAGGCCCAUCAUCUACUGGAUGAAAGGAGAGAAGUUUGUGGAAGAACUGGCAGGACAUAUUAAAGAAAGUGAAGUCAGGAUCUUGAGGGAGCAUUUAGGGGAGAAGGAGGUGCAGCUUUCUCUGACGUUUGACGCUGUGGACGAGGCAGACCUGGCCAACUACACCUGCUACGUGGAGAACCACAUAGGAAGGCGUAGCGGGAGUGCUAUACUGCAAAAGAAAGAUAUGUACCGUCUGGAGUUGGCUGGUGGUCUCGGGGUCAUACUGCUGCUGCUGGGAGUCCUAACCGCACUUUAUAAGUGUUACAACCUGGAGAUCAUGCUCUGCUACAGGAGACACUUUGGGAGUGAUGAGACUGAAGACGCCAUAUUUGUUUUUCCUUCUCUCAGCAGGACGAGCAGCGACGAGGAAACGUUUGCUUUGGAGAUCUUGCCGGAUGUUUUGGAGAAACACUAUGGAUACAAGCUGUUUAUACCAGACAGAGAUUUAAUACCCAGCAGCACCUACAUCGAGGACCUGGCUCGCAGCGUGGAGCAGAGCAGACGUUUGAUCAUCGUUCUGACUCCGGAGUUUGUCGCCAAACGAGGCUGGAGCAUCUUCCAGAUAGAGACACGCCUCCACUCCAUGCUGGUUACCGGCGAGAUCAAGGUGAUCAUGAUAGAGUGUGCAGACCUGAAGAAUGUCAUCAACUACCAAGAGGUGGAAGCACUCAAGCAUACCAUCAAGGUUUUAUCCAUCAUCAAGUGGAGGGGUCCUAAGAGCAACGAGCUGUCCUCCAAGUUUUGGAAACAGGUGGUUUAUGAGAUGCCUGCUAAACGCAGAGAGACGCUGUCCAGACGCCAGGUCAUGGACUCUGGUGAACAGGGCCUCUUUGGUGACCUACAGACCACCGUCUCCACUAUCGCCAUGACAACCACCUCUGCCUCUCUGGCGCCCCCUAACGAGAAUCGCCACGGACAUCAUCAGGUUGCCUUGGCGACGGAGAUCCCCGACUACAACCAGAUGACCUUGCCACUGGGAGGGGGUCACACUGCCACAGCAGCCCAAAUGCGGCACUUCUGUCGCAGCUACGAGUUCCAGCUUCCCCCACAGCCCUCCUCCAUGUCGCCUCCCCUCCCUCCCCCCUCCACGGUGCAGUUCUCCACUCUGGGCCCCGGGGGGCGCCACGUUUAUUGCAACAUCCCUAUGACACUGCUGAAUGGACAGGGGUUCAGAGCAGUUCACUGGGGAACAAGAGGUGCCUCAGAGCAGUACGCUUGGGAAGAAGCCAGAGCUCCACCUGAACAGCACCUUCGUACCACUCACCAGCAGAGAACUAAGCUCUGA